UUAAAAACCCGAGUCUUUGACGAUGCGGUUUAAUUUCUACCAACUUUUUUCACUUUUUGGCAACAGGUGGCGUUUGUAUGUUUUGAUGGACAAGUUUUGUCAUUUUGUGGUUGUACGACUUCGUGUGAAGUGGAAGAAAAAAUGGCCUGGGCGUCACCAAAGCCCAAGUAUAUAUAUCAAUUGCCGUACAUACCGCAACGGGACCUGGCACUGAUUUUGGAUGACAAUAAUCAAUGGAAAGAACUUGGUGACUUCAUGCAAUAUAAUGUAACUAGGCUGAAUGAGUUUGGAAGGAAUUUGCAGUCACCCACAUUGGCAAUGUUUUCAGAUUGGGGGCAGAAAAAUCACACUGUUGUAGAACUCUUCGUUUUGCUUUCUAAAAUGCAGCAUUACAGAGCCCUUGAAAUACUGAUGCCGUAUGUGGAUGAGAGUUACCAUGUCCUAUAUAGAAACGGAGAACUGAAUCUGUCCAAGUUGCUGAAAACUGAACUAAGUGGUGGUCUGGGGAGCAACAGUGAAGCUGCUGCAGCCACAGUGAGGAGUCCUAAUGGAGCAAAAGGAUCUGUUGACUCGUGCAAUUUUAAUUCACCAGUAAGUGAAAGAGCUUUUCCCUCAAAACUGGCAGUCUUUGAGAUAGGUCAACCCACUACAAGUAGUAGCAAACCCAUACCAAUAAACCAAGGGGAUUUGACAAGAAGCGAAAAUAUUCAAGCCUCCUGGAACCCCGUUUCGCCUGCUCAGGUUCCGAAUCCGUCACCGCAACAUGGACCCAUCAAUGGAACUCUUCCGAGAAGGGAUUCGGAAAGCUCUGCCUUUAGCGAUGCUUCUUCUGCUUCAGCUAUGUCAAACAUCCCACCCAUCGACGAGCAUGAAUUGGCAAUUGCAACUAACUUCUGGAAUGCGGUUUCCAUUCUCGGUAAAGGAGGUUUCGGGACAGUCUACAAAGGGACGUGGAAAAACACCCAAGUGGCCAUCAAACGGAUGGAAAAUAAAGGUUUGGCUGGUGCUAACCUCAUCCCUAUGCAGCAGUCUAUGGGUGAACUCCGCAUCUUAAAUGCCGUUCGGCACGAUAAUAUCUUGCCUCUGUAUGGCUAUUCACUGGGUGGAGAUUAUCCCUGUUUGGUUUAUCAAUUCAUGCCCAACGGAUCACUGGAAGAUCGCCUUUUAUGUCGACAAAAUACCUAUCCGUUGAAUUGGGAACAACGCUUCAACAUUGCGCGGGGGACGGCUCGUGGCCUGCAGUUCCUUCACACUAUGGGAGAUAAACCGUUGAUUCAUGGCGACAUCAAAAGUGCGAAUAUUCUGUUAGACAAAAAUUUUGAACCGAAAAUUGGCGAUUUUGGCUUAGCUAGGGAAGGGCCCCAAACACAUUAUACGCACAUCAAAGUCAGUCGUGUUCUUGGAACGCGCCCUUAUUUACCGGAUGAAUACUUACGAGGGAAGAAAAUUUCGACGAAGGUUGAUACCUACAGUUUUGGAAUUGUCUUGUUUGAGUUGGGCACAGGGCUUCGUGCAUAUGAUAAUCACAGAGAGCAUCCAUAUCUCCGAGACCAAAUUGAAAACGGUGGACAAACAGAUCUGCGAGAUGUCAAAGCCGGUCAAGUUUGUGUGGCGCUAUACCAACCACUGAUGCAUUUAGGAUGGUUGUGCGCCUCUGCCAAAGCUAAAGAACGACCCGAAAUGGUUAAGGUGCUUCAAGAUUUAGAUCAUCUGGCAUCGGGAACCGAAGUUUACAUUAGACAAAGCACGGCUCGACCUCCUCGAGCUGUUGACACCCCUCCAGUUAGGUUAGCGAGGGAGAAAGAGAUAGAAUUUUUGUCUCAAACUCCAAGAGAUAAGGAGAUAUCAUUCUUACCUCCAACUUCAAGAGAUAAAGUGGUUCCUUUUCUUCUUCCGAGUCCUGCCCCACAAAUAGAAGCUUCUGCUGAGCCUUUUCCCGUACCAAGAAUGAAUUAUGCACCUGGAAUAGAAAUUGUGCAACCAAACGCCAUUCCAUCGCCUGCCGUUAUGGUAAAUGAACAUGAAAUCAUCCCAGCCUUCGAUCAACUGGUUGUGUCAAGAGACGUAUCAACAGGUCUUUGUAGUGUCGCAUCCGAUGAAAUCCCAAAUUUUAAUUCGCUAUUGAAUGUGGAAUCAUCCUCCCAGACGGUAAAUGACGACAGAACCAAGAGUAGUUCCGGAGAUAGCUCAGAAACGAGUUCUGACAGCACUGACGAGUCGGAAACCCAAGAUCGUCACAGCAAUAUAUAACCGCCCUCGAUCCAAAUUGAUUAUAUGAAAUAUUAUUAUUACUUAUUUGUUUGAAAUGUGUUUACAGGAAACUUGAAUUCAUAAAAAAAAAAAAAAAAUGUAAAAAGGAAGGCCCGGGGAGGAAGGUGUAAUAAUUUGAUAAAAGAUGCUUGAAAUCUGGUCGAGUUUGUUCAUAGAGGUCGCGGCGUACGCCUUUGAAAUGUUUCAGUGAUGUCUGCUGCCGUUACAAAAUUGAAUGCCUGAGAUGAGCUGUAAACUUUCGGGAUUCUUCACGUUAUUAUUGGUUUGUAACAAGCAUUCAAGUCUAUAAACAUUCAUGAACCUGUUUCUAAUUGCGUUGUGGUUUUAAUACAUUUUAGUUAUGGUGUAUUGCA